GGGCCCGAGCGCUAGCGCCGCCAUGCCCAGCUCCACCGGCCAGCCCGACGGCGUCGGGGGCGCGCGCGGCGGCGGGCCCGGGGCGGCGACCGCCGGGGACCCCUGCCCAGGUCCCCCACCACCGCCGCCGCCGCCGCCGCCGCCCCCGCCCGAGGGCGCCGAGGAGGCCGCGCCCGCGCCCCGGCCACCGCCCGAGCCCGACGACGCGGCCGCCGCGCUGCGCCUGGCGCUGGACCAGCUCUCGGGGCUGGGGCUGGGGGGCGCAGGCGACCAGGACGAUGAAGGGGCGGCCGCAGGCGACGGGGCGGCGGCGGCAGCGGAGGGGGGCGCGGACGGCGGAGCCGCGGCGGAGCUCGCGACCCCCGACGGGCCUGAGGCGGGCGCGCCCGGUGUGGCCGUGGCCCCUGGCCCCUUGACGCUGCUGGAGCCCGAGGUGAGCCCCCCGCCGCCGCCCCGGCGGUCGCCGCCCGACGUGUUCGCCGGCUUCGCACCCCACCCGGCGGCCCUGGGCCCCCCGACGCUGCUGGCCGAGCAAAUGAGCGUGAUCGGCAGCCGCAAGAAGAGCGUGAACAUGACCGAGUGUGUGCCCGUGCCCAGCUCCGAGCACGUCGCGGAGAUCGUGGGUCGCCAGGGCUGCAAGAUCAAGGCACUUCGAGCCAAGACGAACACAUACAUCAAGACGCCGGUGCGCGGCGAGGAGCCGGUCUUCAUUGUGACCGGCCGCAAGGAGGAUGUGGAGAUGGCCAAGCGCGAGAUCCUGUCGGCUGCCGAGCACUUCUCCGUGAUCCGCGCCACGCGCAACAAGGCCGGCGGGCUGCCGGGCACCGCGCAGGGCCCGCCCAACCUGCCGGGACAGACCACCAUCCAGGUGCGCGUGCCCUACCGCGUGGUGGGGCUGGUGGUGGGGCCCAAGGGCGCCACCAUCAAGCGCAUCCAGCAGCGGACGCACACGUACAUCGUGACGCCCGGGCGCGACAAGGAGCCGGUGUUCGCCGUGACAGGCAUGCCCGAGAACGUGGACCGGGCGCGCGAGGAGAUCGAGGCCCACAUCACGCUGCGCACGGGCGCCUUCACCGAUGCCGGCCCCGACAGUGACUUCCACUCCAACGGCACCGACGUCUGCCUUGAUCUGCUUGGGGCGGCCACAGGUCUCUGGGCCAAGGCCCCCAACCCGGCGCGGCGGCCCCCGGCACCCACGGCUGCCCUCCGCGGGGACGCAACUCUGGGCGCCCCGGGGGGCCCUGAGGCCUUCUACGCUGGCGGCCGCGGGGGUCCACCCGUGCCAGUGCCGGAAGCGGGCCCCGCCAGCCCCUACGGCGCUUCAGGCAACGGGGGCUUCACCUUUGGCGGGGAUGGUCCCGGGGCCCCCGCAGGGCCGCCCGGCCCAGAAGACUGUGACUUCGGCUUUGACUUCCUGGCGCUGGACCUGACUGUUCCCGCCGCGGCCACCAUCUGGGCCCCCUUUGAGCGGGCUGCGCCCCUGCCGGCCUUCAGCGGCUGCUCGGCCAUCAACGGCGCCCCCGUGCCACCCACCGCCGGUGCCCGGCGCAGCAGCGGGGCCGGCACGCCGCGCCACUCGCCCACGCUGCCCGAGCCCGGCGGCCUGGGCCUGGAGCUCCCGCUGGCCCGCCGCACCGCGCCCGACCCGCUGGGCGCGCUGCCCUGGCGGCCCCCGCAGGGCCCCCUGUCGUCCUUCUCGAGCAGCACCAGCUUCUCCACGGCCACCUCGCUGCCCAGCAGCUCCUCGGUCUCCUCGUGCUCCCCGCUGGACUCGAGUGCCUCGGAAGGCGGCCGCAAGGCCCCGGCGGCCCCGAACCCGGGCGCCACCGCGCCAGCCCUGGCGCGGGAGUGCGUGGUGUGCGCCGAGGGCGAGGUCAUGGCCGCGCUGGUGCCCUGCGGCCACAACCUCUUCUGCAUGGACUGCGCCGUCCGCAUCUGCGGCAAGAGUGAGCCCGAGUGCCCGGCCUGCCGCACGCCCGCCACCCAGGCCAUCCAUAUCUUUUCGUAGCAGGUCACCUCGCCGCGGCCGCGGCCCCCCACCCCCCGAGGCGGUCCUCGGGGCGGGCGCGCUCCUGGCGAGGCCGAGGCCGAGGCCGGGUGGGGAGGAAGGGGGCCGGGCGGAGGGGCGGCGGGCACGGGCGGCGCGGCCAGUGUUUACAGACGAGCUUUAACUCCGGUCCCAGGCGUGGAGACAGCAACCCAGCGGCCCAGCGGCACCUCACUUCUUAACAAAUGACAGUAUUGAGUCGACAGGUUAAAAUAAACCAGAGAGAAAAGGCCUGCUUGCCUGCUUGCACUUUUUAUUUAAGACACCCCCCACCCUUGGGUGAUCUUUUUAAUACAAAACAAAAACAAAAAACACGGUUUUUACAACUCUCGGUUGUCCUUCUUUUGUACGUAGCGAAUGGCUUAUUGACAGCGUCCCCCCGGUUUCAGCCUCUGCAGAAACUCCCCCGAGGAGAAUGGUUCCCUUCUUGGGGGCCAGACAGUUACCUUCAGUAUGUAAGCCGCGCACAGGCCGGAGGGGGGUGGGGGGCGAGGGGCAUCCCGAACUUUCUAACUUUUUUUUAAUUAUUAAUCCCCUUCUGCUGUGGUUUCUGUUGUCAGUUUUUAAAUUUUUUUUAUUUUUUUUUAACUUUUACUUUUUACCUCUUGUGUAUAUGUAGGGAAUUUAUAGGGAAAUAUGUACUUUAUGGAAUAAAUUUUAAGAACUAAAAUAUAUUUUAUUUUAAAUAAAGUAACGGACCUUUAAUCUUACACAGCUAAAUUACUGAUUAUAUAUUUGCUGAGCUGACCUAAGGGUUCAGAAAAUUGUAUCAAGAGUUUUAUUUUUUGACUUCAAAGCCUUCUUAAUAAAGUCUUUUUACUACA